AUGUCUUCUUCUUCUUCUUCAUCUCCACAGCCUAAACCACGAUGGCUAGAUCCAAGACCAUCAACAUUCUUUUCCCGCCUACCAUCAUCACGCAUAUUCCAACGCCUUAAAAAUAUCCUCCGACCACGUCUAACAUGGCGCUAUAUAACAUUCUCGGUUAUAGGCAUUUACGUCGUUUACUGCUUCAUCACAUGGCAGCCCUUCUUUUCGUCGCGAUUACCUGCAUACUCUGGUCCUCAUGACGUCGGAGCGAUUGAUCUCGAGAUUCCACUUGACAAACCGAAACGUAUCUCCGAUACUAUCCUUAAAGAAACCGGAAAACCAGCGUUUGAAGUCGAGACUGUUUUGUUUACUGUGUAUUAUCCCACCGUUCAAGGCGCUGCUUCGCGCGCUGCGUUGCAUCCUUGGGUUCCGAAACCGAUUGGUCUUACAGCAGAAGGCUACGCUCGCGCCGCAGGCGUAAACAACUUUAUCGUCCGUCCAAUCUUUACUUUUGCGCUAUGGCUUUUGGUCGGUAGUAUCAAGAUCCCUGCCAAGGUUGACACACCCAUUCUCGAUUCCGACGACAAGUUUCCCGUCAUGGUAUUUUCCCACGGCUCUGUGAGUUCGAGAACGGAUUACACACACUACAUAGGCGAAUUAGCCAGUCACGGACAUGUCAUCGCUGCGCUCGAACAUCGCGACGGUAGCUGUCCCGGCACAAUGGUCCAGAUCAAGAAUAAAAAGGACAGACCUGUAUUCCUCAUCAAGGAAAAGGAUCUUCAAUCUAGUCGACCCAUGAACGACACCAUUCUCAAGCAAGAACAGUUAGCUGUUCGUACAGAAGAAAUCCUACAAGCUAUUCGUGUUCUACAAGAUGUCAACGACGGCAAAGGCUCGAAAAUCUUCACCUCCAACUCUCGCCACGAAGGACAAAACCUCGACUCAUGGUCUAACCGUCUCGACUUUAACCACCUCACCAUAAACGGCCACUCAUACGGCGCAACCGGAGCUCUCCAAGCCCUCAAAACCGCAAACACCACAUCCGCCAACCCAGCCAUCGGCGGUAUCGCCCUCGACCCGGGUAAAUCGAGCGGCCAACUCAACACCGAGAUCCCGGUUCCUCUUCUCGUCGUACACUCCAACUCAUGGUCCAAAACACACAGUAUUUUCUACGGCCGACCACACUUUGAUACCGUCGCCGAAAUAGUACGUGGUGUACGCGACAAAGUAGGCGCAGCGUGGUUUCUAACCAGCAUUGGAACAGCGCAUCCCAGCGUGACUGAUGCGCCGCUGCUACAACCGCUCCUCCUCAAUUUCGCUACGGGCGCGACUGCGGAUGUGCGCAAGGCUCUUGGGGAGUAUGUUAAAGUGACGCUGGAUUUUCUGGAUUUUACAAAGAAUGGUACCAAGCAAGGUGUGCUUGGCGAGGCUGUGACGCAUGAGAAGUAUGGGGAGUGGGUGGAUGGGAGGGAAGACACAUUUCCCAAGGAGUAUGCCAAGUACUGGGAGGUACAUGUAAGCCCUCUCAAGAAGAGAGAACAUAAUGACUAG